UUGUUUGGUCCGUUUUUGUGAAUAAAGUUAAAAAAAAUCAAACUACUUCCGAGAACCAACUAACGACGUUCGUGAGCGCCGAGGAACCGACGGAGGGUGUUUCGAGUCCCAGGCUGAAACAUUUUCAUUUGUAAACCGGUUUUAUCUGCAGUAGUGUGACUCUGGACAUAUCUUCAAAAGACAAGAACAGCCCGGUUCCGUAAAACCCGGUUCGCUGUGGUUGUUAGUGUUUUCAUUCCUGGUUAUCUGAACUAACGUGACGGCUUGAAAAGAUGGAGCAGAACAACAGCAUACCUCCUUUCCAGGGGCUGCCUUCCCCCCAGGGUGCCAUGACCCCAGGCAUGCCAAUCUACAGCCCAAUGAUGCCGUAUGGCACAGGCCUGACACCCCAACCAGUCCAGAAUACCAACAGUCUGUCUAUAUUGGAGGAACAACAGAGGCAGCAGCAGCAGCAACAAGCACAGCAAGCACAACAAGCUAACGCGGGACUUCCAGGAACUUCAGGGCAGACCCCCCAGCUUUUCCAUUCCCAAUCAGUAGGUACAACAACCACAGCUCUACCAGGGAACACGCCGCUGUACCCUGCUAACACCCCACUGACCCCCAUGACCCCUAUUACACCGGCCACACCAGCCUCUGAGAGCUCUGGAAUAGUACCACAACUUCAAAACAUCGUAUCUACUGUAAAUCUGGGCUGUAAACUGGAUUUAAAGACAAUUGCACUGAGAGCCAGGAACGCUGAGUACAACCCUAAGCGUUUUGCUGCUGUAAUCAUGAGAAUACGAGAACCCAGGACCACUGCCCUAAUUUUUAGCUCUGGAAAGAUGGUCUGCACUGGAGCUAAAAGUGAGGAGCAGUCGAGGUUAGCAGCCAGAAAGUAUGCACGUGUGGUGCAGAAGCUUGGCUUUCCUGCCAAAUUCCUGGACUUUAAGAUCCAGAAUAUGGUGGGCAGCUGCGACGUGAAGUUUCCUAUUCGUCUGGAGGGUUUAGUUCUCACACAUCAACAGUUCAGCAGCUAUGAACCAGAGCUGUUUCCAGGACUAAUUUACAGAAUGAUCAAACCCAGAAUUGUCCUGCUCAUCUUUGUUUCUGGCAAGGUUGUACUCACAGGUGCCAAGGUGAGAGCAGAGAUCUACGAAGCAUUUGAGAACAUUUACCCCAUCUUGAAAGGUUUCCGUAAGACAACGUAGAACCGUGGGGGGCUGCUUGGCGGACUGGGCUGUUCAGGGAUGUUUUUGUCACUUUUAACAUCUCCUCAAAUUUUACAUCUUUUAAUUUUAAAAAAAUACAAGGUUUUAUAUAUUUUUGGGAUUUGAAACUCUCUGUUCCCUCAGUUUUUCAGGCUUCCUUUGAACACACCUCUUAUUGUACAUAAGACUGUAAGUAAAUGUAAAAAUGAUUACGAGAGAGAAGGCAGUCUGACUGGGACUGCUGCUGUUUUUAUUUUUUUUGUUUUGUACAUUUGCAUUUUUAUUAUCCUCUGUCCUGCGGUUUUACGAAGACGUGUUUGGGUCUGGCUGCCUCACAUUCCUAUUACAGUAUUUGCUGACUGAAGAUGGUAAUUGGAUGCGUUUUCUUCCCACCAUAUACAUUCAAAUUCAGUCUGAUUUUAGAAACAUAUGGUCCAUAGGGAUGAGCAGUUACUGAAGCUCUUUAAAGUUGAAUUGGCAUAAGAUAAUAAUGGAUAAACGAAACAAAUCUCGGAAGUUAAUGGUUUCCUUACUUUGUUUCUGGAAGGAGUGGAGUAAUUUUAAACAUUUUGUCAUGUCGUUUCUGAAAAUUGUUUCAUGGUUGUUGUUUAUUUCAACUGUUAUUUAGUGUGUUCAAUCUUAAUUUGGAUAAUGCACAGCACCAACUUGCAUCUUAAAACCAUUAGCACUACGACUACAGUGGUACAUUGUGUUCUGUUGCCAUUUUUAUGUAAUAUUUUCCUUUUUGGGCAAUUUAGAACUAUAUUUAAACAUCUGAGUUAAGUGUUUGCACUUUUGUUUCAGGUGGUUUAAAACUUCAGCAGUCCAAAAUUUUAAGAAUUCUCUUUUUGUGUCACCAUUUCUAUAUCUGCCCCCUGACAGCAGAAGGCAGACCAUGUGGAAAAGUCACUGAAGUCUUUUAGUAUUUAUAUUUUGUGAAGCUGAGCUUGGCAGCAGACAGAAGAGCAGGAAAUCCAACUAAAUGUAAAUCUGCUUCCUGUUUUUGUUAAUGUGCUGCAAUGUACAUUAAUAAACAUGUACAUACUACCAGCUGCUUUAUCAAAACACUUCCCCCCCCCUGGAAACAGUGAAGAUACCGUUUACUGCGUCAGUCUGCAAAUUAGAACUAUUCACCGAUUCAGUGGUUUGAUUAAUGUCAGAAAUGUUUUUGAGAAUGAAAAUGUGAUUUUUAAAUAAUGAAAAUGCUCAACUACUUUUCAAUGUUUUAAUGGAAUAUCUACAAGCAGAUUUGACUUUGACAAAUAAAAUAAAAUUUAUUUUGUCAAAAUGCA